GCCGGGGCCGUACGACGUCCGCACUAUGGAAGAGGAGAAGUACUUGCCUGAGCUGAUGGCAGAGAGAGACAGCCUGGACCCGUCCUUCGUGCACGCCUCGCGCCUGCUGGCCGAAGAAAUUGAAAAAUUUCAAGGUCCUGAUGGAAAAAAUGAAGAUGAAGAAGAGAAAUAUCUUGAUGUCAUCAGCAACAAAAAUAUAAAGCUCUCAGAAAGGGUAUUGAUUCCUGUCAAACAGUAUCCAAAGUUCAAUUUUGUGGGCAAAUUGCUCGGGCCGAGAGGAAACUCCUUGAAGAGGCUACAGGAAGAAACAGGUGCUAAAAUGUCUAUCCUGGGCAAAGGAUCAAUGAGAGAUAAAGCAAAGGAAGAAGAAUUAAGAAAAAGUGGGGAAGCCAAGUAUGCCCACUUGAGUGAUGAACUUCAUGUAUUAAUUGAAGUGUUUGCUCCACCGGGGGAGGCUUAUUCACGUAUGAGUCAUGCUUUAGAAGAGAUUAAAAAAUUUCUGGUUCCCGACUAUAAUGAUGAAAUUCGUCAGGAACAACUACGUGAAUUAUCUUACUUAAAUGGCUCAGAGGACUCUGGUCGUGGCAGAGGUGUUAGAGGCAGAGGGAUAAGAAUAGCUCCCACAGCUCCAUCAAGGGGACGUGGGGGAGCCAUUCCUCCUCCCCCACCACCUGGACGAGGCAUUCUCACCCCUCGAGGGACCACUGUGAUCCGUGGUGCUCUUCCAGCGCCCCCUAUAGCGAGAGGCGUUCCUACCCCACCAGCCCGGGGGUCACCCACCAUGCCAGGAUACAGGGCACCCCCUCUGCCAGCCCACAAGGGGUAUGAAGAGUAUGGUUAUGAUGAUGGCUAUGGGGGUGAAUAUGAUGAUGAAAUCUAUGAGACUUAUGGCAAUAGCUAUCCCAUCCAAGCACAAAGUGUUCCUGAAUACUAUGACUAUGGUCAUGGAGUAAGUGAGGAUGCCUAUGACAGCUAUGGUCAUUAUUCCUUGCCUUAUACACCAGAAGAAUGGGCCACGACUCACUCCAGCCUGAAAGCACCUCCAUCAAGGUCAGCCCGAGGGGGAUACAGGGAGCAUCCCUAUGGUAGAUACUGAGGGUUCUCCUCACCUGUGACCUCACCUCAAAGACAGUUCAUAGCCUGUGGUCUCCACAUAAACAACAACAUGACAAGUAAUAGUCCUUUUUUUUUGUUCCUAUUCUAGGGAUAACUGCCCAUGAUUGCACCCAUAUAUUUCUUGUAUUUCCCCUAUACAGUUGGCAUGACAAUGACACUAUUAUUAUUUUACAAGACAGACUAAAAAAGAUGUUGGCAAGCAUCGUCUAUAAACCAUCAUUCAGUAGGAUGAUACUCUCUGGGUUGUUUUCAUUGUUGUAUGUAAUCUUUCUCUCUCUCUCUCUAUCUCUCUUUUUUUUUUAAUUUAACAAAGAGCAUGAAUCUCUUAACAGACUUUGAGUCUCAAUAAGAAAAACUUUGUUUAAGUUUACUAAAAGACUGUAACACAACAUUUGAACUAGCUAUAAUAAAAGUUGUAGAUGUUUUAACCUGUCUUUUAAUAUCUGUUAGUUAGAUGAAGCUGUUUGAUAUUAAGUUUGUAAAUUUAAUUUUAAAUGCUGUUUUAAUGGGGUUGCAAACAAGAAGCUACUGUAUGUAUGUAGCUAACUGAAUUUGUUUAGUGUUUUAACCUGUAUUUGUUAAAAAAGGAAAAACACACACACACACAUAAAGUUCCAUGUGUAAGCUUCUCUAAAUAGGAAACCACAAUUUGUCAAAUAUGUUUGCCAUAAUUUGUCAAUAAAGCUGAAAGCUUUUGUAAAAACUAAAUUUGGAAUUACUUGUUUUCUAGCUUUAAAUGCCUGCUUUAUUUCUUCUUCAAGAUAUGCCUAAAAUGUUUUCUAUUUAAAAAUUACAAAAAUGAACCCAAGCCUGUUUUAAGAUAUUUGUGUAAUACUUUAAAAGUGUACUAAUAACUUACGGUUGUUAAAUAAUUUAAAAGUUAGCAAACUAAAC